UUUUGUGAUUGACAUUUUUGGGCAGUGUUCGUUUUCUGUACGAAAAUUAUCAAUAAUGAUCAAUAAUUCUCUUGGAAAAGCAAAUGCGAUGAUAUUGCAAUAAUAUUUCGCUUAUACUUGAUAUAAAACUAUAAGAAUGUGUGAUGUUUGUUCAGAUUUUUCACAGCUUUUAGUAAAUUGUGAAGCAAGGUUGACUGACGAUGUAUCCCAAUACCCAACAAUUAGCCAAUCUGAACUAGAAAUAGUACUAAAUUACAUUCUUUCAUGGCCUCAAAGACAAUGCAUGUGCUGCUAUCGUGAUGUGAAGAAUUUUGAAAGGUUCUAUCUUGUGGUGCAAAGUAUACUAUGUCUAUCAGUGUGCCAGCUCAAACAGCUUAAAGAUGACCUCAUUGAAGCAGCUAAAGUACCACCACCAGAUGAGACGCAGGAGAAAACAAAACCACCUGAUGUAGCACCUCCUGAUACUGAGGAGAAAAGUGAUGACCCUACUAAAGACACCACCCCACAAAAUGAUAACCCCGCUCCAACAGUACCCUCUGAACCAACUGAAGAACCAGGCAAGGAGAAGCCUUCAACAUCAAAUGAAGAUCCUGAAGUGUGGUCAAUGCCGCAAAAAGAAAAACUCAUGCACAUUGUCUCCAAAAUAUUCUUACUGAAUUUUCCUCUGUACCUAGCUUGCAAACAUUCAGCUUUGAGCCGGUUAGAUGACCUCUCCGCACAGGAAAUAUCCAACUUAAGCUCAUACUGUGACUUGCAUGACACUGAAAUACCAGCUUACUUAUUGCGGAAUGUCAGUCUCUUCUGUAAAUUGGGAGGAGUGUGUGCAAUGACUUCGGUAUUUGAGCAUGCCAUGCCCAACACUUUGCCGUUGUCAAUGGCACAUGCUAUCGUAGCUGCUGUGGGAAAUCUCAAGCUGUGGCUGAACUUUAGAGCAGUGGCUCAGUUGUUCAUGCCACUCAGAAGUAAAAUCUUGAAUUACAUGUGCAACUUGGAGGAUAAGGACUUGAGAGUUCCAGCUGUCAAGUCUAUGGCUGAUUUCAUGUGGGGAGCAGCUAAAGAGCCACUAGACGCGCCUCUGGCGUUCGACGCCGAUGGCUUAGCCUUAGCCUUCAAGUACUUUAACAGCAGUACACUGACCAUGCGCCUGGCCGGAGUGGCACAGAUCAACGCACACAUCGCGGCCCACAAUGAACUGUGUGCCGGAGAGCCGGCCGCGGACGCCGAGAUGGCUGGGCGGCGCCUGGCAGCUUGGCUAAGCUUCAAUGAAAUCAUAGAGCACUUGUUUGGACCUAAUUUACAUGUUGAGGUGAUAAAGCAGUCGCACAUGAUCCUUAAGUUCCUGGCGGUAGAGGGCCGCGUGACGACGGAGCACGUGGAGCUGGUGUGGGCGGCGGCGCAGCUCAAGCACUGCGGCCGCCAGGUGUACGACCUGCUGCCCGGCUUCAUCCGCGCGCUGGCCCCCAAGCCGUGCGCGCACCUCUACAGCCUGCUGUGCGCGCUGCCGCCCAAGGACCACACUGAGCAGAGCUUAUACCUCGCGUCGGCUCUCAUGCGGGCCAUGUGGUCCCGCGGGGGCUGCGCGGGCGCGGGCGCGGGCGCGGGCACGCCGCCGGCGCUGGGCGCGGGCCCGCCGGAGCCGCUGCGCCAGCCCGCGCCGCCCUGCAAGCCGCACCACAACUCCUCCUCGGAGGCCAGCGUUAGCAUGGACCAGACGAACUCGGACGACGACCCUUGUGAAGAACUAAGUACAUCAGGAGAAGAGGCUGGGCCUACACCACGGAAGCAAAGUAAACAUCAACGCGAGCUUACUGCUGAACAAGAAUGGCUUCGUGAAGGCGAGGAACUAUCGAAGAAAGAAUGCCCAACCCUCAAGUCUUGCCAAAAACGCAGCAAGCGCGCCGGCAGCAGCGGCAGCGCCAGCAGCGGCGCCGAGGAGCUGCUGCGGCCGCGCAAGAAGAAACUCUACAAGAAGCGCCACAAGCCCGGCAAGACCAGGCAUUUCCUAGCAGCCGCGCUGAAGCCGGCCGAGCUGGCGGAGUCGGUGUCCGAGGUGGAGGAGGAGACGUCCGGCAGCGACACCGGACACUGCCAGCUGCUGUGCGACAAUGUCGAUGCUAGGAGGUUAAUGGAGCUCCGGCUUAUGGAGAGCUACAAACGCCGCGGCGCGUCAGGCGAAGAGGAGGAAGGUAGUGCGUCGUCCGCCAUCUCGCCGCACUCGCACCCGCACCUCGCCGACUUGGACGAGGACGACUCCGCCUGCGAGGAGGAACUCGCUCGCCUCGCUGCCCAGAGCAUCUUAUUCCAGGCGCAAUGUCUCACCGAGUACCAGACGUCACGCGUGGGCGUGGGCGUGGUGGGCGUGGGAACGGGCGCGGCGGUCGCGGCGCCGCCGUGUGACGUCGACGCGGUGUGCCGGCCUGGGAAUACGCUGCUGUGGGACUUGCUGCAGGACGGCAACAUUGAGCAACUUGGUGAAGGCCUAGCCCUAGAAGCGGAGAAAGCGCUUUGCGCUCUGCUUUGCUUCAGCACAGACAAGUUUAUCCGGAUUAAGUUCAUCGAAGGGUGUCUCGACAACCUCGCUAAUCACAGAUCUGUAGCAGUAUCGUUACGUCUACUGCCAAAGCUGUUCUCAUCAUUCCAACAAUUACGAGGCAUGGAUAUGCAUCAGGUGGUGAUGUGGGCGGAGCGCGAGCGCGGCAUGAUGCGGCUGUUCGUGGAGGACCUGCGCCACUACACGCAGCAGGCGCGCGGCGCGGGCGACGCGGCGCACUACGCGCACAUCACUGAACUCACCGUGCGCUUGCACUUCUUGACGGCCAUAUUCUCGCCGGUGGGCUCUCCGCAGCACUUCAGACUGACAGUAGAACAAGUGGAGGAACUAUGGCAGUGCCUGGUGGUACGCGGCGGGCCCGAAUGCGCCGACUGCCUGUACUCGUGGCUGCUGUCGCACACCAAGUCGCCGGAGCAGCACGCGCUGGGACUGGACGCGUUACGGUUCCUCUACGUGGAGAAGAUGCCCACGCUCGACCCUGAGACGAUCAGCAUCAUGGGGCUGAGUCUAUACCAGCAGUUGUGCAACUUGGCUCGCAUGGCGCUGGGCGCGGGAGAGUCUCGCGACACUCCACACCCUCACACACUGGCUAUGGACCAUCUUUGGAAGAUCGCGCUCAGGGCUAACAGCACUGACGUUUCCAUGGGCGCGAUCCAGUACCUGAACAGCUAUUACAUGGGCCAGCAACUACAACAAGAAGACGACUUCGUAUCGAAGUGUAUGUUCCAUCUCUCCUCCGCGGCUGAACGUCUCAUAUCCAAGAACCAAGAUGAUGAGGGUUCCAUUACACCGGUGAAAUGUGACGAUAAGAAAGACACCGAAAAAACGGACAAGCAGAAUAUUUAUGAACAUAUGACGGAGGAGGCAGCUCUACAGUGCAUACAGAGGGCGCUGUUGCUGUUGAAAACGCAUUUGGAUACGUUCAAAAGAAGAUACGCGUACCACCUCCGUCGUUGGGCGCUAGCGGAGAGCGGGGCUUGGGAGGGGUGCGGCGGCGCGGGCAGCGUGCGGCUAACGUUGCAACCGGCCGGUGCGGGCCCGCGCGCCUCGUUGAGUUUACACCACCAGGACUUGGUUGCGCAUCUUCGCGCGCACGUGCACGUCUGGUGGGAGAAGCAGAUACAAGGAGAAGAAGGAGUUACGGCACUGUCGACAGAUGGGCCGCUGCGAAUGAUAACGCAAGGGCAAGAGUUGACCAUAGACUACGAUGAGAGGACACUGUAUGAUAUGGGGUUUAAAGAUAAUCAACUGGUAUUCGUAUCCGUGGGCGUAGGCGGGCGGGGCGCUUGGGCGGAGUGGCCGUCCGCCCAGCCCGCCCCAGCUAGGGCGAGGCUCCCGACGCUGCUGCUGCUAGACCCUACAUGCUUUCACCAGCUGUUCACGCUGAUGCAAGCCCUUGCGCGGAUGAAGGAGCCUGGGCCUAACUCGGAGCCCGUAGCUCACACAAAAGCACAACUCCUUUCUCGGCGCGUAUGGGACAUCCUUCAAGCAGUGCCUCUCAACCCCACUUUACUGGAGGCCUUCCAGAACCCAACCGAGAGCAAACUCCCCGAACUCCUCGACCCUACCAGCCCUCAGAAACUCAUGUACUCGCUACACAUCAUAGAUAAACUGAGCUCAAACAGCGCACCGAAUGUAAAAGAACCUACGGGAAGCAUAGACAAGAGUGAAGAAGACAAAGUCAGCGUAGAGAACUGGAAUGACCUGUUUAUAAAGAAAGGUGGCUUGAGGCUCCUGUAUGAUAUCAUGAUGUCAGGAGUAUUACAAAGGAGCGACGACAGCGAAUGGCGGCAGGACUGCCUGGCGUUGCUACUGCAGCUCUUGUGUCGCAUCGGGACGCUGCCGUCUUCGGAUCCGGCGCAGACGCCCAAGUUGCACCCAUCCUUGCUGUCGCUCAUGACGGUAGAAGAAACCACGGACCGGUUGAUAUCGAUCUUGUGCGAGGCAGCCACGUUGAAAGAACCCACCACUUACAAGACUGGAUUCUGGGGAAGAGCUCAGGUGGUACAACACGCGAUGCGCAUGUGCGUAUGGUGGGCGCGCGGUGGCGGCGACGCGGUGGCGCUGGCGUGGUCGCUGCGCCGCGCCGCGCCGCGGCUGCUGCUCGACGAUGCUGAUCCGGCUGUGCGCCGCGAGGCGGGCAGCGCUUUGUACCGUUUAUGCGCGGGCGGCGAGGUGGCGGUGCUGGCGCCGCUGCUGCAGCUGCUGCUGGCGCACCUGCCGCGCGCCGCCGACAUGCGCCCGCACCCCGCGCCGCCCAGCCACCACCCGCACGAGGUGGUGCAUCACCACGCUGAGGAAGGCAAGGAACCGUACGGGCCGGCGUGCAGAGACUACUUCUGGCUUGUUUGCAGGCUCAUAGACGGACUUCCCGAAGAUUUCUUCAAAGAGGGCGCCACCUCAGAAGACAGCGGAGCGCCGGACCUAAACGAGCUGUGCGAACAAAUUCGCUCAUCGCUAGAAAAGCGGGAGAUCAUAGAGAAACGCAGCGAACCCUGUGCGCCAGACGACGGUCUCUACGGGCAACUCAGCCUGCUGACGCACCUGCUCAAGCACCCGCUCAGGUUUAAGACCUCUGAGCAGGGCACCAGGACACUGGAGAUGGUUUUUGGGUUCUUAUUCGACGUGCCAAACCCAGAGCAACGGAACCUCCCGAAGUGUAAAUCGCAGAAGUCUCGGGCGGCCGCUUACGACCUACUUGUGGAGCUGGUGCGAGGCGCGCCUGAUAACUACAUGGUGCUGCACCAUAAGCUUAUGGAGCACCACAAGCCUGGUCCGCAAACGUCGUACCCGUGGGACUACUGGCCGGCCGAGGAGUCCCGCUCGGAGUGCGGCUACGUGGGGCUCACCAACCUCGGCGCCACGUGCUACAUGGCGUCGUGCAUGCAGCACCUGUACAUGAUGCCGCAGGCGCGCGCCGCCGUGCUCCGCGCCGACCCCGCGCGCUCCCGCCACGCGCCCACGCUGCACGAGAUGCAGAGGAUGUUCGCCUACCUCAUGGAGAGCGAGCGCAAAGCAUACAACCCUCGGAGCUUCUGCAAGGUGUACCAGAUGGACCACCAGCCUCUGAACACGGGCGAGCAGAAGGACAUGGCCGAGUUCUUCAUCGACCUGGUCUCCAAGCUCGAGGAGAUGACGCCCGAGCUCAAGAAACUGGUUAAAACUCUAUUCUGUGGCGUGCUGAGCAACAACGUCGUGUCACUCGAUUGUCCCCACGUAUCGCGCACGCUAGAAGAGUUCUACACGGUGCGAUGUCAAGUGGCAGACAUGAGGAACCUCCACCAGAGCUUGGACGAGGUGACGGUGAAGGACACGCUAGAGGGAGACAACUGCUAUACCUGCUCGCAGUGCGCCGCCAAAGUCAGGGCUGAGAAACGCGCGUGCUUCAAGAAACUCCCGCGCAUCCUUUGCUUCAACACGAUGCGGUAUACCUUCAACAUGCUCACGAUGCUCAAGGAGAAAGUCAACACUCACUUCUCGUUCCCGAUGCGUCUCGACAUGUCUGGAUACGUCGAGAAACACCUCAUGCCCGCACAGUAUCAGGAAGAGAAAAAGAAAGACGCAGAGCUAAAGAAAGAGGGUGAGGGCAGUCCGAAUGCGGAAGUCGAAGACAACUCCGAAUUCGAAGAGCAUUAUGAGUACGAGCUAAUAGGCGUGACCGUACACACGGGCACGGCGGACGGCGGGCACUACUACUCGUUCAUCCGCGACCGCGAGCACGAGCACCCCGACCGCUGGCUGCUGUUCAACGACGCGGAGGUCAAGCCCUUCGACCCGGCGCACAUCGCCGCCGAGUGCUUCGGGGGCGAGAUGACGAGCAAAACUUACGACUCGGUGACGGACAAGUUCAUGGACUUCUCAUUCGAGAAGACCAACAGUGCGUACAUGUUGUUCUACGAGCUCAGCCCGCCGCGCUCGCAGCGUGGCUCUGACUGCGGACAGCAGGAGGAAGCUCAGUCCUCAACGGCCGAGGAAUCCGUAGCGAACACAGUGGUUGAGCGACGCAGCGGCAACGCGGUGCCUGCUUUACCAAAAGAUCUGCUGCACUGGAUAUGGGACGACAAUAUGCACUUCCUGCACGAUAAAAACAUCUUCCAACACGCAUACUUUACGUUCAUGGGCCAGAUGUGUAGUUCGGUUCCGCAGUCGCUGCUGACGCUUCGGCCUGAAGUGACUGAAGUCGCCGCGAGGCUCUCCACUUCGUUUUUUAUUGAAACCUUCAUACAUGCGAAAGAAAAGCCAACGAUGGUUUCAUGGGUGGAAUUGGUGACGAAACAGUUCAACGCAUCGGCAGCAGCUUCGGAAUGGUUUUUAGGACACAUGGCCGACGACACGUGGUGGCCGAUGCAGGUGUUAAUAAAAUGUCCAAAUCAGAUGGUUCGUCAGAUGUUUCAAAGGCUGUGUAUGCAUGUCAUACAGAGGCUCAGAUCUAGUCAUUGUGCCUUAUACCUUCAGGGUAUGGAAGAGGGCGAGGAUAAUAGCAAGUUGGGAGAAGCGAGUUGUGUUACUAGGUUUAUAAGAAUGUUGUUAUCUUUGAUGGAAAAUGGUGCACGGUCCCACCUAAGGCACCUGACAGAGUACUUUAGCUUGCUGUACGAAUUCAGCAAGAUGGGGGAGGAAGAGGGGAGGUUUUUGCUGCGAGUCAACGCCAUUUCAAGCAUGGUCAGCUUCUACCUUGGCCAGAAUUCCUCUACGGUUGAAUCGCCUACCGAAGAGGCUGGCGGUAGCGGCAGUGGCAGCGGCAACACCGAGAGCGCGGGGGACAAGCUGCGACCAGGCGCCCUGGACAAAAUGGUGGCGCUGGUGGCCGGGCUGGUGGAGCGCUCGCGCGACCAGGGCGGCCUGCUGGCGCUGCAGGAGCCCGACGCCAGGGCGCUGCUGCACGCUAAGGGGUUCCCGUUUAUCUACCAGCAGACACGCGACUGCCUCAAUUUACAACAGACGAGGUCGUUGAUCUUCGCGCUGUGCCGCUGGAAUGAACCGCUCGCGCAGAAGAUAGUCAACAUGAUUUUCCAGGCCAUUGCCAAGCAUUCUGAGAGCUGUGGAGCGUUUUUUAAACUGCUGACGCUGCUGGUGGAAGGCAGCGGCGGCGGCGCGGGCGCCACGGGCGGGCUGCCGUGCUUCACGCAGCUGGUGCUCGCGCGGCUUUGGGACGUCGCCGACGUGUGCCCGCACGCCGCGCUCGAGUGGCUCGCGCUGCAGGUGCCGCGCAACAAAGCGGCUCACGCGUGGGCGCUGCGCACAGCAGACCGCUGGGUAGAGCAGCAGCUGCUGGCGGCGGGAGCGGCGCGCGUGCGGGCCGGCGCCGCGCUGCUGCUGGUGGCGCUGGUGCCCUCGCAGCACUUCCGCGCCGGCUACACGCGCCGCCCGCCGCCCGCCUCGUCCCAUCUGGCCAAGCUGCCCGACACGGCCCACCACGCACUGCACCAGGUUUAUACAAUGCUGCUGGGAAAACUAAAGGCGGCUCGCAAGUAUACGGAUAUCGCAGUGCACGGCACGAUGAAGCUCACCGCUUACUUUGGCGUCAUGUCCUACUGCGUCGUCAGCAGGGUGGAGAAACUAAUGUUCGGGCAGUACUUCAACGACCUGUGGGAUCUGUACCACCCGGCGAUCUCGGAACCGUCAGUGGCGGUGCAUCCCAACAAGCAAGCGCUGCUGACUUUCUGGCACGCGGUCUCUGUGGACUGCCCUGAGAACGUUCAGCUGGCGGUCAGCAACCCGCGAUUGAUCAAACACGUCGCUUUCAAUUACAUACUAGCGGACCACGAGGACGGCGAGGUGGUAGCCUACAACCGCUCGAUGCUGCCGCCGUACUACGCGCUGCUGCGGCUCUGCUGCCGCCGCUCCGCCGCCUUCGCGCGCUCGCUCGCGCAGCACCAGAACAUCCACUGGGCCUUCCGCAACAUCGCGCCGCACGCGCACCUCUACCCCGGCGCCGCCGAGGAGCUGCUCAGACUAGCUCGUAUCCUCGCGGCCCGAGGCGCGGCGGGCGGCGGCGCGGCCAGCGCCGAGUCGGGCGACGGCAGGGAGGCCGCGGCCUUCAGGCGGAGCACGCUCUCCGCGUAUUUACAGGGUUUAAAUGGCAGAACGUGUUGGACAACGUUAAUAUCCGCGUUCUGCACACUAGUCGAAAACGAAGAUGACAGGUUAUACGUCGUUUAUAAUGGCGGAUUACAAAUGACAUUUGAGGCGCUACACAGUCUCCACGCAGUAUACGUGGAAGGCGGGGGCGCGACUGGCGGCGGCGGCGCGGCUGGCGUACGCGGCGAACUGGCCGCGGCCUUACGCUGGGCCGCGGCUCUAUGCCGGACACUGAGGACCCGGCGGGAUGCUAAGGAGGCCCGCGCCUUGUUACUAGCAUGCAAGGACUGGCCCGAGUGCGCUAGGAGACUAUUAGCUAUGUUAGCAGCGCACCACAGACUGGAUCAUUUGAGAGUUCCUGCGUUAGGCGUGCUCCGGGAACUAGUACUAAUCGGCGGCGCGGCAGCGUUAGGCGCGUUGGUCCCGCUAGCAGCAGCAGCGCGCGGCGAGCAGCGCGCUCGCUCGCACCUGCACGUGUGCGCGCGCCCGCACCCCCCGCCGCACACCCCUCACGCGCCUCACACGCCGCAGCCGCCGCCCAGCGCCGCUGCGUACCGGCCGUAUCACAAGUUUAUAGACACAUGCUGCCGAGUGGCGCGGACGCAGCGCUGCAUGUCGGAGCAGCUGGUGCUGCUGUCGGCGCUGUGCGCGCUGGAGACCGUCCCGCUCCGCUUCAACUACUUCGCCAGCUUCUGGCGGGACGUGGCCGCCUCGCCGGCGGACGCGAAGCUGGAGGAGAUGCUACUGGAGUGCAGCGUGGUGUCCGAGUACAUGGACGCCAUCAUGCUGGACGAGCGGGACUCCCUCGAGGACACCGCCAUCUACCAGUUUAUGCUGCACUAUUAUCCUAAGGUGAACGGUCCCCCCGCGGCCGGGGCGGGCGGCACGCCUCCAGACCCCGCAGCAGACGCGUGGAACGGCGGCGCAGCACUAGCGGAGGAGCUCGCCGCGCGCUGCAGCGGCCCGCUGCGAGGCCUGGCGGGCUGCGCGCGCGCGCUCGUCGUGCUGGCCGCGCGCCGCCCGCAGCCGGCCCUGGCCCGCGCGCUGAGGACCGCGGCGCUCACGCUGCAGCAGCGACUGCAUACUGAUACAGCAGAAGAAGAGGCAUCGGACGCAGAGGGCGUGGCGGAGACGGCGCGCGAGGCGGCGCGCUGCCACACGCCGUCGGGCUCCGAGCCCGACGAGCCGCCCGACGACCUGCCCGCCGACCUGGACGACGACCCCGACGACGAGCCGCCGCCCGCGCCGCCGCGCACCAUAGAUACUCGCGCGAUUAUAGCGCAGGCUGCGCAGGCGCUGCUGGCCGCCACGCGCCACGUCGCGCCCGACGCGUAGCGACGCCCGUACGUACUUCACAGUUCACUGACCUACCCACUGUAUCACAGCUCUUCGUCAUAGGCUCUUCGAUGGAGAAAAUUUACGGCAAUAUUCCGCAGAUAAAAUAUCGCUUCGAGACCAAAUUACACCAGCGGCAAAUCUACAUCAUUCAGCUGCAUUGACACAACCUUACUGCCAUGUUGACGCUAUAUUAAAGGCGAUAUUGCUGAAAAAUUUUGCUCGUUAGAAGUUUUGGGACCGGGGGAUUUUUGAAUUAAUGAUCCGAUAGAAAUAGUAAAAAUUGUAUUUCGAUGAUUUCUACUGAUAAUUAUCCAAAAAUCCACCAGCCUUAAUAACUUGGUACAACUGUACUCUUGAUAUUAGAAUGUGAAUGAAACCUUAAGUUUAUAUUUGGAUGAAUGUGGUACUUUGUAUAAAUCAAUAAGAUAAUACGAAACUUUUGGUGUAUGUAGUUAAAUUUAUAUUAUAAUUUUAAUACAGUUUGAAUAAUGCAAAAUUUAGUAUCGUCAGUUAUUGUGACACGAUUUAUAGCGCAAUGGGAGCUAUUAUCUUUCUAGGGUGGCACCGCCAGUUGUAGUAUUUGUUUUAACCAGUAAACAUAUGUAAUGUAAAAUCUAGUGAUGCCGCCACUAAAAACGUAAUUGCUCCCACAGUUAAACUGAUUCAAGUAUAGAUAGCCUUGAUCCGGCGUCUUUUUGACAUCAAAUGCCAUUUACAAAAUAAAUUAAUAUAUUUUUGUAACACGUUCAUUGAGCAUCAAAAAUAAUAUACUACCAUAAACCGAUUGUAUGACUACAUACCUACAUAUUUUCCAUAUAUUAUUUUUCUAAAGUUAUUUAGAAGCUAUCUUGGUAAGAUACAUUCUGAUACGUUAUUUUUAACGCAAAAAAGACGCCGAUUGAGGCUUCCGUAUGCGUUAUGUGGUGUAAGAAUAUCAUGUAUAAUUCAAUGCGGCGCUAUAAUACUGUCGGAAACGAUGCGCUUGCAGUUCCCUUUAUUACUUGUUUGAAGUGUGAUCUACAUUUGAGGCUACUUAGGGUCCUUUCGCUGUGGCCGGUGACUAUAUCGAAAAAUAAAACCAUUUGCUUCCAAAUGCGUUGACAUAAUCGUUUUAAUAUUAACUGUUAGGCAAUUUCAGUAUUUUGAAGCAGAUGGCUUCAAAACCGAUAUUUCACCUUAUUGGUCUGACUGGCCCAUCCAUAUGGCUUUUCAGCUCUUGGUCUGCCACAGAAAAAGAGACCCUCUGUACAAUACUGAUUAGUGUAAACUUUAAUGGCGUAUCCAAAAAAGAUACACCAUUAGAAUCUCAGUAUUGUUCGCCUCAACAAGAUCGCCCUCAUAUUGCACAACUUACCUGAAUUCUAAAUAUUAUCGUUUGGAGUAGCUCAAUAUUACAAUGAAACUAUCUAUUGUUCACAUACCAUGUUAGUUCGUAUAUGUAUCUCUUAAGUCAUUAAUAUAUUGAUAUGUUAAAAAGUGCAAAUGCUGAAGAAAUGUUUAACUGAUGUUUUCGUCGUUUAAUAAAUAAGUUUAUUGUGUAAAAAAUAGACUUAGUAGUUGUUGCUUAAGUUCUUAACGAUAACGUAAUGCGUUGCGUUUUUUGAGAAUGUCUUUGUAUCUCGCAAUUCGGUUGAACGUAAAUAUACUGAUUGCAUAGUAAUAUGAAUACAUCGAUGUUUAGCAUACAUUCCAAAAGUGAGCAUCACACAGCGCUUUGGGCCAGGCUGCGUGCUACAAACGCGUACUUACAUGAUAUUUUGAAGGAGACUGAUCACAGCCAUAGGCCUCGUGUAGGACUACCGAACAAACGUCAGGGGUCGUUUCGUACUAUUUUGAUACAUGAACAGUGGCGGCCAUAAGGUUUUAUUUUGAUAUAAGCCGUAGAUACUUACUUCAGGCAAAUACUGCCUGAUUGCAUAAUGCACCGCACGCCCCUGUCCAUGAAUACAAAUUGUAUCUUCUAUUUGAUAUCAAAUAUUUUGAAUUUUCCUUAUGAGGAGUAUAAUUUUGGUUUAACACUUUAUUGAUGUGUUUGAAAGGCAUCGAUGCGACUGAUAGGUUUUAUGGAGAAUGGAUUAGGGAAAAUUUUAGUUGAUAUUAUUUACGGCUUUCUAAUUAACAACUUUAUGGUAUAAUAGCCCGUGUAAAGUGCGGACGACAAGCCGUUUCUUAUUACGUAUGUAUUCAUUCCUCUCACUCAUAACGAGAUGCUGGUAUGAGUGACUGAAGCAAGUACACCCUUAAAUACUGAAUCGGAGUUACAAAGCAGCCCCGCCCUGAAGGUCUUAUUAUAGCAUUUUCAAUCAAAUUAUGCAUGUAAUCACUUACCAUCAGGUGAUCCGUCUGCUCGUUUGCCUCCUGUCACAUAAAAAAAAACUUGACUCUAUGAAAGCUAUAAAUAAUAUUAAUUAAUCUUUCACUAAUAUUGAGGGCGUAAUUUUAUAUCGUUUUUUAAUUUUAUAUAGUUAGUUGUAGACAUUCUCAUGUUCGUAGGAAGAGCAGUAUGGUAGGAGUCCUGUUGCUAUAAAUACUGUUUGACUUUAGCAUCACUAUGUUUUAGCUUGUUUAAAUGGAUAACGUAAUUUAAUUUCUAUUAACUCAAUACAAUAAAACUACAAUUUACUCUCAUGUAUAAUUUUACCAUACUAUUUGAAUUACAUAUUUUAUAGUGUAUUAUUUCCAUCUCAUUUGGAUCAAAGAACCUCUUGCGUUACAUAAUAAUAAUGCUUAGAUCUCUGAUUAUAUUUUAUACUGUGUACUGUUCGUAAGUGUAGUUUUCCGUAAGCAUCUUACUUCUCCAUCUCUCACAUUUUGUUUUGUUUCCACUCUUGAGCUUUUAUUUAUAAUGUUUGUAAAACUAAAUAAUGAGAGUACUAAUUUCACUGUCAUAUUACGAGUACAUUUUGGUAACAAAACAGAAACGCGAGCGAUGAUAUUCACUAUUGGAAAUUUCGAUCGGUAGCUACUUCUAUCUAUAAAAUAAUGAACUUACUAAUCAGCCAUUUUGUAAAGAUUGAUAGAUGUAAAAUGAUUUGAAAAGAUAUGUAACCAAAAAGGUUUUGAAAAUUGACAAGUUCUGAUCCAGAUUAGCAAAAUAAUCAUGUUAAUUUUUCAUAUUCUAUAUUUUAGGACAUCAUUUAUUUGAACGAGAGUAAAAAAUAAUAUUUUGAUAGCAAUUCCUCUACAUGUUUUAUUUAUUUCUGUGAAAAUGAAUCUCCAGUUCAAAUUCGGGCGUUAUGUAUUGUAGAUAGUUCUGCAUGCCUGGAUCUAUACACUUUAGUCGGUCCCGUGAAGUUUAGGAUUGUGUUAUUACUUCGAUGAAAUAAUUUGGGCAAAAUUAUCUCAUAAAAAUAAAAAUGUUUGAAAUUUCCAUUAAAUUAUCAGGUUUUAUAACAAAACUAUGUUAUAAUUUUAUGCAUUUAUUAAUAUCAAUAUCGUUUAAAAUUUAAACUAGAAAUUAUUUUUCGCUUCCAAUUCACUUUUCGUUUUUUGGCUGUGAAGGGUUUGUUAGACUAAGAUAUGUGUAACCUUUUAGAAAAGAAAUUCUAUAUUCUUACCGCUUACGAUGUCCGAGGCCGAGCUUACGUAUAACAACAAAACCAUAAAGUUAGUCAAAUUACCCGUCCAAGGCGCGUACUUUAAAUUUGUCUGCGGAUCGUGAAAAACAUAGGCCAGUAAAAUUAUAGUCGAAUCUUUGUAAAUGUGUAAUGUGAAAUUAAAAAUCUCGAACCUUUGACUUCUAUUGGGUGUUCUUGAACCCGAAAGAAGUAGCAAAAACAAGUAAUACAUAAUUCCCUCCCUGUAGUGGGCUGACCAACUCCAUUUAUCGGGCACAGCACUCUCUUCUUUGAAUGUUUAUGCUUCUAGUUACCCUGUAAAAACUUUUUUGAUGUCGGUGUUAAAUAUUAAGUACUUACAUGAAUAUUAUAGUAAUGAGGCGAAUAAUAUUUAAUUUAAUAACACUGCCCAAAUCACCAAGAUUACUCUUUAUUAUAAGGCAUAAUAUGUAUGUCAGAAACGCGUAGAAAAUUUAAACAAAUUAAAAUAAACAACGUAUCGAAUUACAGAAUUUUGAUGAAAUAUAAAUUAAUGUCCAUUUUAUAAAUUUUAUAGUAAAUACUACGAUUUGUAUUUUCAUCCAUCAAAAAUUGGUUAAUGUUUUACUGCGUAUUCGCAUCGAGAGCGCGGGACGGGUGUGAUAGUGCGGCCAACCACAAUCGAGCUGGUGAGGCUUCGUAGACGCGGUAAAAAAAAGGGGUAGUUAUGACAGAAAUCAAAUUAUUAUUUAGGAUACAUUCAUAUAGUCUACAAGGCAAGAUUUUUUAGCUAAAUAUGUACAUGUUUAAUUAUCACAUAACUUGUAUUUUUAACUGCUUGGUUUUGCGGUCGAUAUCGACAUCACAUUAACCACAAAGUGUUAGUUAUCUAUAAUGAUUUUUGAACUUUAUUGCAUUUAC